AUGGCGGCCGUAAUGCCCAGCACGGCAUACACGCCGCACCCCACCAGAGUGAUGAAGGCAGCGCAGUGGAUGGGCACACGAGAAGUCGAAGUGGGAAUCGUACCCAAGCCAAAAAUCACAGACCCUGCCGACGCCAUUGUCCAAAUCACCCACUGCACGAUCUCCGGCUCAGACAUCCACCUAUACGAGGGCGAGCUCAAAGACGCAAUGGAAAAAGGCGACAUUCUCGGCCAAGAAGCCAUCGGCAUUGUGGAAGAAGUCGGGCCGAAUGUCAAAACCCUCAAAGCCGGUGACCGGGUCAUCAUCCUGCCCGUCAUCUCAUGCGGCACCUGCGACUAUUGCCAGCGACAGAAGUAUUCGCUCUGCGACAACACAAACCCAUCCAAGGAAGUGGAAGCCGCGUACGGACACCGACUCGGCGGGAAGCUGGGCUACAGUCGGCUGUGUGGUGGGUAUCCCGGUGACCAGGCGGAGUACUGCCGUGUGCCGCAUGCAGACUUAUCGUGCGUCAGGGCGCCGGAGCAUAUCGAUGCGCGGAAAUUACUUGGUCUGACAAAUGUCAUGACCACCGCUUGGCAUGCGCUGGAGUUGGCUGAGGUGCAGGAAGGCGAUGUGGUGGGUGUGUGGGGUUGUGGGCCGAUUGGCCUUGCUACGCAGCGACUGGCGAAGCUCCGUGGGGCCAAGAAGAUCUAUGCCAUGGAUAAGGAUGCGCAAAGACUGCGAAUUGCCGAAGACUUCGGCAUGACUCCUAUUAAUGUGGAUGCUCAUCCCGAUGUGGCCGAGUACAUUUUGUCGAUUCAGGAGCAAGGCCUUGAUCGAUCUAUUGAGGCUAGUGGGUUCCGUAGUUCGCCGAAAACCGAGUAUCCGUCGACACGGGCAAAUGGACAGGAGAAGGAUAGCAGUGAUACACUAUCGGCGAUAAUCAAGGCAACCCGUAAAGGUGGCAAUAUGGCAUUGGUUGGGGAUUUCUUCUUCACGAUGCAUGACUUCCCAAUUGGGCCGUUGAUGCAGAAAGCACUUACAGUGCGUGGGGGUCAAACGUGGCCGCAAAAGUAUUAUCCGUUCUUGAUGGAUCUGGUGGUACAAGGAAAGCUCGAUUCGGCGUGGAUGUUCACGUAUGUGGAUGAAUUUGAGAACAUCGCGGAGAUGUACCAGAAGUUCUCACAGCAUGAGAUCCCAGGCAGACUGAAAGUGUGCUUAGUGACGGCAUUUGGACGUAGCCAACAGAUGCAAAGCUACAGCGACCUGCCAGUUCAUAACCUGAGCCUUGAAGUUGACGAGUAG